ACUACGCAUGCGCAGAUGUUGAAGUCUGUAUAUUUUUGUCAUUUUAUUGUGAAAAUCGCCAAUAUUUGUUAAAGGUGUGUAGUUUUAAGCCAUCUGAUUCUUCAUGAUGAUGGACUACGAGUUAGAGGAGGAUAAAAUGGGAAUGACUGUGACGUCAGGGAGUGUACAAUUGAAAAAAGACACUCAGAAUCUGAUUGGUAUCAGUAUUGGUGGCGGUGCUCCUCUUUGUCCAUGUCUAUAUGUUGUACAGGUGUUUGAUAACACCCCAGCUGCCAAAGAAGGUUCCCUUGCUGCUGGAGAUGAAAUUGUGGGUGUUAACGGAAAGUCAUUACGAGGAAAAUCAAAAGUGGAAGUAGCUAGAGCUAUUCAAGCUGUUAAAGGUGAGGUGACCAUCAAUUAUAACAAGCUCCAUGCAGAUCCAAAGCUGGGUAAAACACUGGAUUUAGUAUUGAAGAAAAUGAAACACAGAAUGGUAGAAAACAUGAGUUCAUCAACAGCAGAUGCCUUGGGACUAAGUAGAGCUAUUUUAUGCAAUGAUAGUCUAGUUAAAAAGCUGGAUGAAUUAGAAAAAACCAGUGAACUUUACAAAGGAAUGAUGGACUCUUCUAAACGAUUAUUAAAAAGUUUUUAUGAUUUAUCACAGUCACAUAAAGGUUUUGGUGAUGUGUUCUCUGUGAUCGGUGCCAGAGAGAUACAGCCAAAAGCCAGUGAAGCAUUUAUGCAUUUUGGUGAAGCUCAUCGAAACAUUGAGAAGUUUGGUAUUUGUAUGUUGAAAACGGUGAAACCAAUGCUUAGUGAUCUCAGUACAUACCUCAAUAAGGCAGUUCCUGAUACAAAACUAACAAUUAAAAAAUAUCUUGAUGCAAAAUUUGAAUACUUGUCUUAUUGUUUGAAAGUGAAAGAAAUGGAUGAUGAAGAAUAUGCCUAUGCUGCAUUAGGAGAACCAUUAUAUAGAGUAGAAACUGGUAAUUAUGAAUACAGACUUGUUCUUCGAUGUCGACAAGAAGCAAGAACACGUUUUGCAAAAAUGAGAUCAGAUGUGCUUGUUAAGAUGGAACUUUUAGAUCAAAAACAUGUUCAAGACAUCGUAUUCCAGCUACAAAGGUUUGUUUCUGGCAUGUCAAAUUACCACGAGGACUGUCAUAAACAGAUGAAAGCUGCAGAUAUCUUCCCAAUCGAAGUGGACCUUUUACGCACAACAAUUAACUAUGAUAAAUCAAAUGAAUUUAAUGACCAAGAUGAGUUUGAUGAUGAAGCACCAGAUACACAACCACCCACGGAAGGAAAAAUAGUGUCCAUGGACUAAUCUUGUGAUAAUAUACAUGUAUAGAUCUGUACUAAAAUUUAAUGUAUAUUAAUACUGUAAAAUGACUAAUUUUCACUGGGUUUAAAUUUCACUGAUUUACCAUUUCAGGCAUAUUCAGUAGGUUUUAAAUUCACGGUUUCGUCAUUUAGAUAAUGUGUUCUAUGCUAAAUUGUACAUAUUCACUGUAUUUUAAUUUAGCGCAUUUUUCCAGUCAGCGAAAUAAGCUAAAUUAAAACCCAGUGAAUAAUUACCCCCUUUACAGUAAUCUAAAUCAGUGUUCAUUAGCAUGUAAAUUGUUUAGUAGAAUAUAUUGUCUCUUAAUAGUAAUAUUUAUGAAGAUAUUAGUUGCAUCAUGGGUUACAUUAGUAACACUGCAGCUGGUUAAUUGAUCAUUUCUGUGAUGAAAAACUGGUAAAUAUGAGUGAAAGCAGUGUUCAGUGAAAACCUCAUUUUGCUAUGUUAUUAAGGCGUACUCUUGAUUUCAUAUACCAAGAAUUUAUUCAUUUUCCAAUAAAUUGUACUUCUGGGCAAUACAAGUAUAUUAACUUAGAAAAUUAUAAUCUCUGCAUUAAAUAGCACAAGUCAAAAUAAUAGCAUCCUUCCUUCCACUUGUGUAUGUCACAGAAGCACUUCAUCACUAGAGGGCAUGUUUUAUGGGGAAGGGGUAUUGUAUGUGUUGUGCUACAUCAAAACUUUCAGAAUAUGUUUAAACAGUCUUGGAUAUAUAAAUUAUUACUAACUCAAAGCUCCAUAAGGAGCACAUAGACUCUUAGACGGAGUCCAAUUUGAUGUUUACAUCACCUGUAACCAAUUUGACAAUCUGCUGGAUGAUUUGUCGAGCUUUAAG